AUGCCAACACUUUUGGGCAGAAACCCGUUUCACACUCGUGGAAGCCAUGAUCAAAGGCAUUCGUCGGUUGAGCCGCAUCCGGAACACAGCAAAUCGAGCCGGUCGUUUCUCGGGUUCAUGAGCAGAACACAUAGUGGCGAAAGCACACGCGGUGACUCCCCGUCACACGAACUGAAGAGAUCCGCAGGAUCCAUGAACGAAUUGAAACGAUUUUUCAGACCUGCAAUGAUACAUCGCAAACCGUCGCCGUCGACAAUGCGGCGCAGGUCGCCGGAUCACCAUUCGCACACGCAGAGUGCCAUUCCACCCACGUCGGAAUCUUCGCUUUCGCUAUCCAACAGAACAAACAUUUACCACGAUGACUCCUUACUGGCACAAAAAUACGGGAAAUUGGGCAAGAUUCUCGGAUCCGGUGCCGGGGGCUCCGUGAGGGUCCUUGUCAGGCCCAGUGAUGGUGUCACGUUUGCGGUCAAGGAGUUUAGGCCGCGUAAACCGAAUGAACAAGUUAAAGACUAUGCUAAGAAAUGUACUGCCGAGUUCUGCAUUGGGUCGACAUUGCAUCAUCCAAAUAUCGUUGAAACUUUGGAUAUUUUUAACGACAGCAAACAGAACAAGUACUUCGAAGUGAUGGAGUACUGUCCGAUAGAUUUCUUUGCAGUGGUCAUGUCUGGCAAAAUGUCACGCGGAGAGAUUAAUUGUUGUUUGCGCCAGUUAACCGAGGGGGUCAAGUAUUUACAUUCCAUGGGAUUGGCACAUCGUGACUUGAAACUGGAUAACUGUGUUAUGACCCAUGACGGGAUAUUGAAAUUGAUUGACUUUGGUAGUGCCGUGGUCUUCAAGUAUCCUUUCGAGGCGAAUGUCGCAAUGGCACAUGGGAUAGUUGGUAGUGAUCCAUACCUGGCUCCAGAAGUAAUAACAUCGACCAAGAGAUACGAUCCCCAAGCUGUCGACGUUUGGUCUAUUGGUAUAAUAUACUGUUGCAUGAUGUUGAAACGAUUUCCAUGGAAAGCGCCUAGAGAAUCAGAUGAUAACUUCCGCAUGUACUGUUUGCCGGACGAUACUGAACAUGACUACGGCAAAUCUGCUCGUGAACAUGAGGCACUUAUGAAACAAAAAAGAAGGGAGAAAAUGAAUCUCAAGAAACUACAACAAUUGGACGCAGAGGCGGCGAAACAACAAACUUCUCCCGAUUCGAAAACGGCCUGUGGCCACUUAGGCGAAAGUGAUUACAACGUUGAAGUUGCAAGCCCCCUGGCAACCGCUGAACCUCAUACGGCUAACGACAAACUCACUGAAAAAGGAGACCCCCCCGAAAAAGAGGAAGAGCCACGUGAAUCUUGUCCACAUCCGGUUGGCUCACAAUCACCCGCGAGAGAUGAUAGAUCAGUGACCGACAAACAUUUUACAGAUGAGAAACCACAAGAUGUGGCACCACAAAGUCACAUUGCUGCCCCUCAGCAUGUCGAAAAAUUGCCUACCCCACAAAAAACGUUUUCGCGGGAUUCGUCGAGGCAUAGGAAAGUCAUUCAUGGGCCUUACAGGCUAUUGCGUCUAUUACCGCACGCGUCUAGACCAAUUAUGUCUAAAAUUCUAACGAUAGAUCCGGAAAAAAGAGCCACUCUGGAGGACAUGUUGAGCGAUCAUUGGUUUGCGAAUAUCCCAUUCUGCACGAUGGAUUCGAAGAAACGAGUGGUUCGGGCUCCCGGACAUUCGCACACCAUUGUCAAAGAAGACGAAGCUCAUUUGGAGACGUAUAAAGUGUAA